AUGAAGGUCAUCGAAUUUCGCAUACCGCUGCCAAUCAGCUUGGAGAUGUUCCAGCGCUGUGCCUUGUACCUGGUCGCGCAAGCCAGUAUGAAGGAAGUUGAAGGCGGGAGUGCUUUCGAGAUUGCGACGAAUGAACCAUACGAAAGAAACGGAACAGUUGGAAGGCAUACCGAAAAACGAUAUCAUUUCGGGAAGAACUUGCCGUCAUGGCUACAAACACUUCUCGGAACAGAACUCACAGUAGUGAGUGAGGAAUCGUGGGCUACGUAUCCGUACACAUUUACCAAAUACUCCAACAAAAAACUUACGUCGUUUGAAUUCUCAUUCGAGUCAAUCAACAUUGAAAGUCUAGAAUACAAAGACAAUGCACUUAACCUCAAUGCGAAAGACCUGGCUCGCCGAAAGGUGGUUGUUUUGGACUUGACGGGCUUCAAUAAGUGCAAACUUUAUGAUGCCGCCUCAGACGUGACUCUCAACACAUCGCAAUUCACAAAUGUCCUACCUAUUCAGCAAGGCUGGAUGGAUGAGCCGGGACGCACAGGAAUGGUGUCAUACAAGGUACUGAAGGUCGAUAUACCCUAUUUCGGGUUCUUGACAUCCAGGGUCGAAAAUUAUCUUGUUAACUACCUACAGGACAGACUGUUAGUAUACCUGUCUCAUGCAAUGUGCGCCAUUGAUGAAUGGUACGACACAGACAUUGAACUGUUGCGAGCAAAGGAACAAGAAUGUUACGACCUGUUGAACGAAAAGUUCCUGGAGCAAUAUGGUAAGAUGGCAAAAGCCGGGACCACCGGAGCGGUAUCACAGACUUCUCUCAGAGAUGCAGACUCCCAGAACUACGAAUCGGAAGAACAAGAUACAUCGACUACAGAGCAAAUACAUCAAAGUGGACGUGGUACUUCCGAUGAGCCACAAACGCUUGCGGACAAAAUGCAAGAUGUUCUAACUGAACAACAUACGGAUACAUUAGCUCCCAAUAUGGUUUAUCGUGCCACAGGAACGGAUAUGGAAACUGGUACAACUAUUGUAGGACGCAGGAGCACCGGAGACAAGAGCCAAAGAAGCGACAGUCGCUGGUCUCCUUCUGCUGUGACUAUCGAUAGUCAUAUUGACGAGGACGAAUUUUGGGACUGUUUGGAAGAACUAGAUGAACAUUCACCGCCGUAUAUGCCGAAAUCGACAUUUCAAUCGGCGUCGCCGGCCGUUUCAAUCGCCAGUGAUGACGAAUCCAGCAGGUCCGACGCAAAGGACCAACGGGAAGCUGAACCACAACUUGACGAACCCGAGCCUGCCGAGACAACUGAACCACCGUCGCCCGCUCCUCAGAGUGAGGCUGACUCGGUUAGUGAAGAGCAGGAAUCUCAUACGCUGGAGGAUGCCGAUAACGAAGCGGACGAGGGAGACAAUCACCCCAGCCCACGCAGCAGUUCGGAGGCACCCACGUCGGAUACCGAUGGCGAUGAAAGCUACGCGUCAACUGAUUUGGAAGCAAAAAUUGCUGAAUACCCUGAACCCCAAUCUAGCGACGAAGACGACACAUCUCCGGAGCUGGUUUCUAUGGGAGGGAAAAAUACACCAUUGAUUUUCACAGGAUACCUUCACAAAUUGGGAGGUACAUUAUUUUACCAAUGGAACGUUCGCUACAUUAUGAUACGCGACGGCAACAUGUAUUAUUAUGACAAAAGUGAGGACACGGAACCGAAGGCAACGAUAUCUUUGGCCGACGCACGCAUUAGUUGGGUAGGCGAUUACAUGAGACGAUCAAAUGUGUUCUCCAUUACAACACGCACCAAGCGCAUAUAUCACUGGAGUGCUGAUAAUCGGUCAACCGUUAAGCGGUGGAUCCUGCUGCUCCAGGUGCUGUCAGAGGAAUCACCGGAGCUGCUGAUCGACGAUUUGUCGACUGAGUACCUCUAUCGCGUCGGGAAGCCAAAAUCGGAUGGCGGCAACUUGGUACAACCGGUUGAAGAAAGGUCUGAUGUUAUCUAA